AACACCACUGUGGGUUUUCAUGGCUGGGCUCUUUUAGUCAUUUCCUGAAAGCUUGGUGCAGAAAUGUGGCACUGCAGGAAGCAUCAGCAAGCUUAGCAAGGCUUCAUGUACUGUUAGAAGUCAGCUUGCUGUAGGUGAGGGCACAUCCUUCUUGCUGAGAUGUAGAAAGACCUGGUUUUGGGACUGAUGGUCAAGAUCUUCAGGAAGAACCUCUGCUUGUGGUUCACAGUGGUGAGCAGAGUGACUGGGGCUUUAAAAUGGUGAGGGACUACGGCUAUAUGAUUAUUAAGCAACAAGGAAUGUAAGUUAAGAGCUGAAAUUCAAGGGGUGGAAAAUGAAUUCUUUCAAAAAGCACCACAGCCUCUCUCCCAGGACCUUCAGAAGAUCAUUGUCGGAACAAGAUGCUGGCACUGCUGCCUUGAAGGGCUAUCAUUGGUACCACCAAAUGAAAAGCAAGAAGAUGAAUAAACAACUGAGUUCUGACCCAGAGAAACCUCUCGGAGCAUACAGGUGGCAGAUGCAUCCUCGGCUUCCCUGGAAGAUAAGCAAAAGAGAGAGCUCCUGCAGGCUGAAAGGGGAAUGCAGUGAUCCAAGUCUUGCCAAAAGUUCUGCAAGCGUGGAUGCUACCAGCACUGAUGAUCUCCACAAAGACCCAACAGAGAUGCUUUUCCAGGCAAGGACUAGACCAUUUCGUGUUCCCUUCAACCGCUCUCUGUCUGAACCCAUGCCACAUGUUGGAAACAGGCAUGCAAAGCCAUUUCUGCAAGCCGUGCGCUCAGUGGACUCUGAACAGCAGGGCUACUUCAUCCGUGGCAUUUUCUCCUCUCUCUCAAGUGGCUUCUCAAAGAUAAUGAGUCGAAAAGGGGAGCCUGGCAAUGAGUCAGUCAAUGAAGGGAAGACAGACGAUAAUGACACUGAUUUGAGUACAGAUGUGAAAGGACCACCUACACACCGACUGUCCUGCGGCCAGUCCCCCUACACUGAAACGACAACAUGGGAGAGGAAAUACUGCAUCCUGACGGACAGCCAGCUGGUACUGCUCAACAGGGAGAAAGAGGUGCCUGUGGAUGGGGUCCAGGAACCGCAGGCAGAUGCCACGAAAGGCCGUUGCCUGCGCCGGACAGUGAGUGUCCCCUCCGAGGGCCAGUUCCCCGAGUACCCACCAGAGGGGGCCGCCAAACUCGAGGUCCCAGCCGAGAGAUCUCCUCGCAGACGGAGCAUCUCUGGGACCAGCACUUCUGAGAAAACCAACUCCAUGGAUGCUUCGAAUACUUCUCCUUUCAAAGUGCCAGGCUUCUUCAGUAAACGUCUGAAAGGGUCCAUCAAGAGGACGAAGAGUCAGUCAAAGUUGGACAGGAACACAAGUUUUCGUCUCCCAUCUCUCCGCAGUGCGGAUGACAGGUCACGAGGAUUGCCGAAGCUGAAAGAGUCCCGUUCCCACGAGUCUUUACUGAGCCCAGGCAGCGCCGUGGAGGCCCUGGAUCUUGGGUCAGAAGAAAAAGUCUUUGUCAAACCACUUCACAGCAGUAUCCUUGGACAAGACUUCUGCUUUGAGGUGACCUACUCUAGCGGCAGUAAAUGCUUCAGUUGUUCCUCCGCAGCAGAGAGGGACAAGUGGAUGGAAAACCUACGCAGGACGGUGCAGCCGAAUAAGGACAACUGCCGUCGAGCUGAAAAUGUGCUCCGCCUCUGGAUCAUUGAGGCAAAGGACCUGGCCCCCAAGAAGAAAUACUUCUGUGAGCUGUGCCUUGAUGACACUCUCUUUGCCCGCACCACCAGCAAAACAAAAGCAGAUAACAUUUUCUGGGGAGAGCACUUUGAGUUCUGCGGGCUUCCUCCUCUUCACAGCAUCACAGUUCACAUCUACAAGGACGUGGAGAAGAAGAAGAAAAAGGACAAGAACAAUUACGUAGGCCUGGUCAACAUUCCCAUGGCUAGUGUAACCGGGCGCCAGUUCGUGGAAAAAUGGUACCCAGUCAGCACACCUACACCCAACAAAGGGAAAUCGGGGGGACCUUCCAUUCGAAUAAAAUCCCGUUACCAGACCAUCACCAUCUUGCCCAUGGAGCAGUACAAAGAAUUUGCAGAGUUUGUUACUAGCAACUACACCAUGUUGUGCUCUGUGCUGGAACCUGUGAUCAGCGUCAGGAACAAGGAGGAGAUGGCUUGUGCUUUGGUGCACAUCCUGCAGAGCACUGGGAGAGCUAAGGACUUCUUGACGGAUUUGGUGAUGUCCGAGGUAGAUCGUUGUGGGGAACAUGAUGUCUUGAUCUUCAGGGAGAACACGCUUGCUACCAAAGCUAUAGAGGAAUACCUGAAGUUGGUAGGGCAGAAGUAUCUUCACGAUGCGCUAGGGGAGUUUAUCAAGGCUUUGUAUGAGUCAGAUGAAAACUGUGAAGUGGAUCCCAGCAAAUGUUCAUCCAGUGAAUUAGCAGAUCAUCAGAGCAACCUGAAAAUGUGUUGUGAGCUGGCCUUCUGCAAGAUUAUCAAUUCUUACUGCGUGUUCCCUCGUGAGCUGAAGGAAGUGUUUGCAUCUUGGAAGCAGCAGUGCCUGAGCAGGGGCAAACAGGACAUCAGCGAGCGCCUGAUCAGUGCCUCCCUCUUCCUCCGCUUCCUCUGCCCCGCUAUCAUGUCCCCCAGCCUCUUCAGCCUCAUGCAGGAGUAUCCCGACGACCAGACAUCUCGCACGCUCACGCUUAUCGCGAAAGUCAUUCAGAACCUCGCCAAUUUUGCUAAGUUUGGUAAUAAGGAGGAAUAUAUGGCCUUCAUGAAUGACUUCUUGGAACACGAGUGGGGAGGAAUGAAGCGUUUUCUCCUGGAGAUCUCUAAUCCAGAUACCAUCUCAAACAUGCCUGGAUUUGAGGGCUACAUCGACCUGGGCAGAGAGCUCUCGGUGUUGCAUUCCCUCCUGUGGGAGGUUGUGUCCCAACUCGAUAAGGGUGAAAAUUCCUUCCUACAGGCGACCGUGGCAAAACUGGGACCUCUUCCUCGUAUUCUUGCCGAUAUCACCAAAUCAAUGACCAACCCUACGCCGAUACAGCAGCAGCUGAGGCGUUUCACUGAGCACAGCUCUAGUCCAAACGUCAGUGGCAGUCUCUCCUCAGGGCUUCAGAAGAUAUUUGAGGACCCCACUGAUGGUGACUUGCAUAAGCUGAAGUCUCCAACCCAGGAAAACGUAGAUGGAUAUUUUAGGGGCAAGACCUUACUGUUGGUUCAGCAGGCAUCCACCCAGAGCAUGACCUACUCAGAUAAGGAUGAAAGGGAAAGCAUCUUGCCCAAUGGACGUAGCAUCUCGCUCAUGGACCUCCAGGACCCUCACACGGCUCACAGUGACCACGCUUCUAUCAUGCACGACGUGCCUUUGCGCCUGGCUGGCAGCCAGCUCUCUGUCACACAGGUGGCAAACAUCAAACAGCUGUGGGAAACUCAGAGCACACCCCAGAGCGCUCCCCAGGUGAGAAGACCCCUGCACCCCGCUUUGAACCAACAGGGCAGCCUCCAACCUCUGUCCUUCCAGAACCCGGUUUAUCAUCUCAACAACCCGACCCCACCGCUGCCCAAGGCCUCUGUGGACUCCAGCCUGGAGAACCUGAGCACUGCCAGCUCCCGGAGCCGAAGCAACAGCGAAGACUUCAAACUUAGCGGGCCGAGCAACAGCAGCAUGGAGGACUUCACCAAACGCAGCACGCAGAGCGAGGACUUCUCCCGGCGCCACGCGGUGCCGGACAAGCACGUCCCCAUCGCGCUGCCCCGCCAGAACAGCAGCAGCCAGGCGCAGAUCCGCAAAAUGGACCAGGCCGGGCUGGGCGCCAGGGCCAAAGCGCCGCAGUCCUUGCCGCACAGCGCUUCUUUGCGCAGCACGGGCAGCGUGUCGGCCGUGUCGGGGGCCGUGGUGACCGAACCCAUGCAGAACGGGAGCCGGUCCCGGCAGCAGUCCUCGUCCUCCAGGGAAAGCCCUGUCCCGAAGGUGAGGGCAAUUCAGAGGCAGCAGACGCAGCAGGUUCAGUCACCUGUGGACUCUGCCACCAUGUCACCGGUGGAAAGGACAGCUGCGUGGGUUCUCAAUAAUGGACAGUACGAAGAAGUAGAGGAGGAUGCAGAGCAGAAUCCAGAUGAAGUCAAGCAUGCUGAGAAGUAUGAACAAGAGAUCGCGAAGCUGAAGGAGCGCCUGAAGGUGUCGAGCCGCCGGCUGGAGGAGUACGAGCGGCGGCUCCUGGUGCAAGAGCAGCAAAUGCAGAAGCUGCUGAUGGAGUACAAGUCUCGGUUGGAAGACAGCGAGGAGAGACUGCGCAGGCAACAGGAGGAGAAGGACAGCCAGAUGAAAAGCAUCAUCAGCAGACUCAUGGCAGUUGAAGAGGAGCUGAAGAAGGAUCAUGCAGAGAUGCAAGCUGUCAUCGAUGCAAAGCAGAAAAUUAUUGAUGCGCAGGUCAUAAAUGGGGAUGAGAUAAUUCCAACAGGAGAAGCGGAUCGUGUCCCUGGACUCUGCCAACACGCGGCUGAUGAGUGCCCUGACGCAGGUGAAGGAGCGCUACAGCAUGCAAGUCCGCAAUGGCAUCUCCCCCACCAAUCCCACCAAGCUUUCCAUCACGGAGAAUGGUGAAUUCAAAAACAGCAGCUGCUAACUGGGCAGAUGCUGCCGGCCAUCUCCCCAGAAGGGCAAGAGGGCGCAGACUCAAGAAACCUUCAACGUAGCCCCCCCUUCCCCUUACAGGUUUACAUAAUGCUGCUAACAAAAUUAAAAAAAAAAAAAAAAAAAAAAAAAAAAGAGCAAGAAGAACUCUGAAAGGUGGGCUUUGAUUCCCCACUCCAGGCCAGGAGAACUGGGCUCCCGACCGCAAGUCCUUCCAUAUCACUGUGUAAAUAGAGGGAGCUCUUGGGUCAUGUACAGAAAAUGCCGAUGUAAUAUACCAAAAGGAAGUGAAUACUGUAGAUUUUUUUAAUUAUUGCUAUUUUUUAUUAUUAUUAUUUUUUUUUUCUCUUGUUGAAAGCACUGCAGUCCUUGGAGGAGGAAGAGGGGGGUGUGAGUGCAUGUGUGUUGUGGGUGCGAGAGCGAGCGAGCAGCAGUGGGUUACAUUAGGCAGCGGCUGUAUGUAUCAGGCUGGCUGAUACACGUACACGAGUGGAGUGAAAUAGCGGUGAAAUGAAUUCUGUAACAAAACUCAUCUGCUGGUUUUAUUCCACUCUUCUCUAGCUGUUCUUUACCUGAAUGCAAACUCGAUAGCAAACAUUUUUAGCAAGAAAAUGGGCUCUUGCUGGAUCCUGUACCUACUUUCAGUAGGGCUCUGGCAAAAAAUUGCCAGUCUCUUUGAACAAGGUGAAAACUUGGAGCAGCAAGCGUGUUUCCUUGCAUUUGCACACAGUCAGGCUUCCCAUCAAACAGACAGAGGGAAUCUGCAGUUUUUCGAGGUAGGAUUCUUUCUUUUUUACCCCAGUUCUAAUGCAGUUUUAUAUUUUCUGUUUUGAGAAUUUACAGACCUGUAAAUACUUUUUUUAAAAAAUUUCUAUCCAGCCCCCACUCUAUGCCCCUCUUCGGUGGCGCCUUGAAUUCGUUCCCUGUGCUCCGUCGGGAACAGCCAGGUUAAUGCUCUGAGGAAGGGGCUGGCCCAAGGCGCCCACGCCCAGCAAAGUAUGCAAAAUCUCCUUUUUCCGAGCAGAUUUCUAUCUUUUAACUCUUGUUUAAUUUCAUUGUUUCAGCUGCUAGCUUAGCCAGUCUACUUCCAAUGAAAGAUGCUUUUUGCACGUUUGUGUUAAAAGAUCUUUCAUUUCCACUGAUUUUUUUUUCCUUUUUCUGGAUACUUUAAAGGAGUUAUUUUGAAGUUCUGUACACACCAGUUUUUUCUUAAGGAGUUUUGACUAAGCUUUCAUCUCCAAUUACUUCCAGUUGCAUUUCAUAGAAGCAUACUUACAGGCUGUAUGUGAAUGCAUAUAUACUGACAAAGUGACCUUCUUGUGGAAGAUAAUGACGUUCUCAAACUGUAAAAGAUUAACAGUAAAUGGCACAGUAUCGUCCAUUCUCAUGAUUUCAUCAAAUGCUACAAUAUUUAGUUUGUUUGGUUUUUUUAAAGCCCUAGAUUCUGGAAGCAAGUAGUAGUGUGUGAAUCUUCACUUUCACCUUUUGGUGUACGUUUCUAGCCCCCAAACUCACAAAGUGAAUGAAAUUACUGCGACAGCACUUGAACUUCAGAAUUAUAGAAAUAUAAUAGCGAGCGUGAUGAGCCAUUCAAACAUGUUAUGGAAAUGAGAGCUUGGAAGAGUUGGCUGCAGAGCGAGACAAGACCUUGAGCAGGUGCCUGGGCACGGGGGGUGUUUGGCACAGUCAGGCCGCGAGUUAAUGAGGUGGCUGGGGGGCACCUGGCUGAACCCCUACAGCCUGCGGUACGGGAAGGUCAGUGGGGGAGCUGGUCAGCCGUGCUGGCCUUGGCUUCUGAAUCUCUAAAAUUGCCCUACAUUACAAAGGUGACCGUUCCUAAACCAAUUUCUUGACCUCCUGAAAGUGACCCGUGUUGCCUUGACCAGGAAGGAUCGGCAGUGCCCAGGACCCAGCUCAGCAUCUGUGGUCAGGUUGGUUUGGUCUGCGGCGAUGCGUUUCUCUCGCCUCCAUGAAACUGUCGCGGUAUGUCACUGUUCAGCCCGACUCUUGUGUCACGAUACUCCAGUUAAACACCAUCACAGGGGUGUGUUACGUCACUAACGGUGCGUCAAUACAGAAACUGCGUCUCCUGCACUGUAGGAUGUACAAGAGAAACGUGGAUGCGUCUCUCCCAGGAAGGCUUUCUGGAGAAGACUUGGCUGCAGCAAGCUGGGGUUUGCGGUUUUUGCUUAGCCUGUCAGGUGAGAGCUGCUCCGGCCGCUCGAAUGCGCCUUGGUACCGCGGGCCAGGAGCAUCCCUGGCUUGUUCCCGGUGUGUCGCAGCCGCGGCAGCGCUGCCUGGCGCACCUGGGGCUGUGCUCUGCAUGUCCUGAGUAGUGAUCACUUUUCCAUACUUCCCAAACCGUCUUCCAGCUCUGGGUCAUUGCUGGCAUCCGAUACGUUCUUCCUCAAACUGUGUCUUUGAGUUCCUCCUCCUUUCCUUCUCCCUUCACGCAUCACAGCUGUCGGCAGUCUAUCGAGUUUGUAUUGAUCUGUCUUGUGAGUAGCUCUCUUUUACAAGAAACCUUUGCAAACCCUUUUUGUUGAGUACUUUGGUGUGAUCUGCAUCUCCCCAUCGCUGUGUACAUUAAUUAGACAGCUUCAUUGUGCGAAAUCUGUUCCCCAGCAGUAGCCUUUUCAGAUGGGUAGGUGCAUUGCUCACUUCAUACGCGGUGCAAAGAGGACGGGUGUUCUGUGACGGGGACCUAAGAGCAAGCGGCUGUAGGAGUGCAUCGACUAGGACGCAGCAGAAGCAGAUACAUCAUUCUGGUGGCGUUGGUCUAACAUUAAUCGGGGAAGUGCAUUUCACCGGCGCUCCCCAGCUGUCUGGUAAUCCAUCAGAGGUCACUGCCUGAGCUGUGCGGUUUGAUGCUGAAGACUCCAAAGCAUCCAUUUUGGUUUCUGCAGAGAAACGCAGCAGGGGCAACAUUUCAGCCCUGAAUUUUAGAGGGGAAAUAAUACCUGCUCCAAGAUCGGUAUGUUUUGGCGAGGUCUUCAGUAACGUGUCUUUCUAAAAUACGCCUUCUCCUCUGUAUUUCUUAAGCUUGUAGAAUGCUUGUAGGGAAAAGCUGCUAGUCUAAAACAGCCUGAACCAUCGGUGUCGUCCUCAUAGCUUGUUGCUAGGCUGGUUGUUUCUUUCCUAUUUCAGUUCCUACUCUAAAGUACAACGUGUGCUCCUCUCAACUCCCGCUGUAGAGGAGAAGCUGCCUGUCAACCCGAGAGGGGGUGAAGGUUGCAGGCUCGCAGUGCUGCAAGACCAAAACUGAUUAGCUGCAGCACAAGAUGUUGUGCUCCUGAGUUCUGCUGGCAGCUGUCUUUCCUGGUUUGUUACCAAGCAGUUUUCUAGAGAAAUUUUAAGCUGCCUCAAGCCGACAAUAUGUGAAAAUGCCAGUUCCUGUUUCAUCCAGUCUGACAAAAUCCAAGUGGCACUAAACCACGUGGCAGCCAAAAGGCCUGUCUGUUUAGGAGCAAGGGCCCUACGGGGCCUGAGAGCUUUUGGUUUCAGACUAGUAGCCCGUGGUCCCUGCAGCAGUGAGAGCAGUAGCAACUAGCAGGACGUCUGACGAUGCGCAUCAGAGACGUUAGGGUUUGGUUCAUACUUCCAGCACGUGCAUUGGGCUGUGUCUGAUGCUGUUGUAAGGAGCUGCUGCUCUCAUUUGGAAACAGCUGAAGUAGUGCAGGAAACAAUUCAUAGCCUGUAGCAGUAAUUCUCGUGUAUUCCUAAGGCUGAAACAGAAAAGUUGCCCAUCUUGGCGUCUCGGUCCUUGCUGGCCACGUUAGUCUAUUACUGGGAUGGUUUUUCCCAGCCCCCAAAGCCAGCUGGGCUCCCGAGUUGUCGCUAGAAGCUCAGAGCCAGCAUGGCAGGGUGGGAGAUGGAGGGGCCUUCUGUGGCGCCGUGGCCACCUGCCACGUUGCGUGUGGCAUCUGCAGCAUGUGUGCAGCAGGGGUGGCCCGGACGGCGUGGGCUGGGCACUGGCGGAGAAGUGAGGGAGCACGGCGAGGGAGCAGCAGCAUCCCGUCACUGCCCAUUCUUUGCAGCUCCGGGAAUUCGGACCUUUUUUUUAAGGGAAAUAGAUUUCACAUCCAGGAAGUACCAACAGUUACUCCUCUGGUGCAUUAAAAGUGGGCAGCUACACAUAAAAGCACAGAUUUGUACGGCUGCACGGUUUGCGACAUUCCUCUCCGGUGGCGUAACGCAGGCAGGCGAUCCCGAGGCGCGCGGGAAGGGAUGUGGGUAUUUUCUAGUUAGAGAAUCUGAGGUGUAUCCAGUAAUAAAUUCUGUAUCCAUUUAAUAAGUCAUCCAAAAAAUGGGUCUUAUUUUAUGUUCUUGAAAUUGCUUUGGGUUGGCUUAGGCUUUUUUUUUUUUUUUUUUCUAAUAUGAUAUAUUGAUUUAAUGAUUUAAUGCUUGCUUAAACCCACCAGCUUUUAACUUCAUCUGAACACUCGAUGAUUGAAGUCCAUCGGUUUUACAGCAGUGCCCGUGCAAUGUGUCAGCAGUAAUUAUCUGCGAAGGUCACCGUGUCUGUAUGAGUUCUGUCUGUUCUGCAGAAAUGUCUGUGUCGUUCCUGGCAAAUAAUCCCUGUCCGGGUUGAACCGUUAGCUGUAUUGCCGUCCGUGAGGAGCCUGGUCAGGCACAGGUAUCCGGCUGAGUCUGACAAAGCAAAAAGAGUUACAUUUAGGCUGAUGCUUUUAGGUAUUUCCUUCUGCACAGUAAGUUAACUCCCGUGAGAGCAAGCAUGUCGUUACAGAUCAUGCCUGCCAGGAAUCCUACCUGUAAAAAUAGAUUUUCUGUCUCAAGGGCCUUAAUAAGAGUGUUACUACACAGAACUGUUUUACAAUGAUAGCUCUAAAUAAUUUAUUUUUUAUUUCAACAAAGUACAUCUUAAAAAGUAAUAAACUUGUUUUUCAAGCCGUAUUUUUAUGCUAGUAGCACUGGACUGUUUGGUCUCUGAGAUCCAUUUCUGCAUUUCAUUGCCUGGGUUUGUUCUAAAGAAGAUUUAUUUUUGUUCUGUGAAUAAUUUUUGAAGGUUCUUGUAAUAUGUACAGAUAUAGAUACAUUUGAGGUCUUUUAUUGAUAUUCCUACAAAGAAUACAAAUAAACUUUAACUUUAAACAA